AUGCAUCCGCAACGUAUUUCCCCGGAAACAUAUCUAUCGCUGCGGCCCUCAUUCCCGCCUCGGUACGACGAAGGAUGGCAGCCUCGAACACCAGGAUAUUUUAUGCCACCAUACGCGCCAUUAGCCGCGCACAGUAGCUAUGUCGGUACAGCUGCGGUCGAAAUGAGGGAGAGAAAGGCAGUUUCUAAACCACUGAAUGACUGUCUGCAAUUUAGCAACCCUGACAUGUCUCUCAAUCCGAACUCACAUCGGCACGGUAGAUUUUGCGACAUCAGUCUUGGAAACGAGACUACCUUCUCGACAUCCAGUCCUCGGGCACUUAGGCCCGAAUUUUCCAUGCUUCCGCGCGCGCAUAUUGCUAGUGGAAGCGCCUUGACAGGACGACUGUACGACUCAAUGCCGUCGGCAGGUUUUUCAGGGCGUACAUCGGAUAACGAGGCAUACCCUGCACCCUGGCGGAACCGAGGAUCAGCCGCGAGUCUUGGUGACAAUGUCGGCACGGAACCAGAUUUCGCUAUACUGCAACGGGGCGUUACAGAGCUACCGCUGCCACGCACGUCCGACGCCACCGCUAGAUUCGGUCAAUUUCCCGCCAAUUGGGAACCGGUGCUUCCGCGCACCACCUCUGUCCCCCCUGCAGAGAGCAUGUGUCUCUGGCAGGGAUGCCACAUGCAACUUACUGAUACCACCGUCGCGGGUGUGCAGCACCACCUCAAUCAAUACCACGCUGUUCCCAAGGUCGUUCGCAAUUCCAAACAUCACCGUAGCCAAUGUUUGUGGAUCGACGGCGCCGUGUGCAACGCAGAGCUCGACACUGCGGGGCUUGCGAAGCACGUUGCGGCGAAGCACCUCAAGAGCCUCCGAAAGAAGUGCUCGCAAUGUCAAGUCGUAGUCGGGCGCCCGGAUUCGCUCAGGCGUCAUAUCAAAGACCAUUGUCGCAUGCGUCUGCAGCCCGGCGCUGGCAGGGUCCCAACCGUAUGA